UAGUCAGUACCUUCUGCCCACAGCCUUACUCAGUAGAGCAGAUAAAUAUGCUCAUUUCUGAGCAGUGUUCUCAAAAACCUAUAAAGGUCCCAUUUUAUGCCUUUUCCGCCCCACUUCAUUGCAUCGCUCGUCAGACCCUGUGCAGGACAGGGAGGACCGAGGGGACCUGCAAGGAUGAAGGUCCUCUUUCUUUUUGCUGUUCUCGUCUGUGUGUUCCAAACCAACUCAGGGGACAUUCCACCUGGAAUUAGAAAUACUAUCUGCCUUAUGCAACACGGGACCUGCAGGCUUUUUUUCUGCCAUUCUGGUGAGAAAAAGGGUGACAUUUGCUCCGAUCCUUGGAAUAGGUGUUGCAUACCAAAUAAAGAGGAAGGACAAAAGGAGACACCAGAGAAGGCUGACUGACGUGGGAUCUAAAACGUAAGCUCCUGGAAGGCGAGAUGUGAAGUAUUCCAAGGGCUGGCUUAAGGAAACGGCUGGCUUGUCGACGGUGCUCAAUAAAUGUUUGUUGAAUGAAUCUAGCA